AUGUAUAGACAGCAUGCUAGAUCAAAGAAGGUGUGCAAGGCGGCAACAGAGCUAGCUGUUCUGUGGGCUUCUUCACGCGUCCAUGUAGAUAAUGACGCGGGGCGGAUCCAGCAGGAAGGAGUCACAAGACAGCCAGGCAGGACCUCAAAACACAGGACGCUUGAGGUUGAGCAGUGCAGAUCUUCGCGCCUGAACAAGCUUGUGGGCGAAAUUACUGUCGAAAUGUCGAACGACGCGUCGGCGGACGAGCCCGCCAAGGGAGUGAACCGCGACCGCGUGGAAUGCGCCUGUCACUGCGGGUUAGUUUUCACCUUGAUGGCGGACCGAGCAUCAUGCACCGAGCAUACAAAUAAUAAUAAUAACAUCUCGCAGUGCCGUCAAAUUCGACUUCGUGGCAUCACGACCACCCAACGAGCAAGGCUUCAAUGCGACACGAUGCAACUGCACGUUUUGCACCAAAACCGCCAUGACGGGGAGAAGUUCAUCAAAAGAUAUUUCUGCUCGACGUGUGGUGUCCACUGCUGGAUGGAAGGCGCCUUUCCCUUGAACGGGAACAUGAUUCCAUUGUUUUCUGUCAACUUGAGCACUGUCGAUCAGCCUCAGCCGGGCGUCGACUUGAGUCAAGUCAAGCUCCGCUACUUCAACAUGCUCGGCAAAGGCUUCGACAAUCCCGAUCCAACCCUUCACGACGCUCCUUGCAAGGGCGGGCUUCCGUGA